UUUGUUUCUGUAUUUCUUUGGCUUUAACAUUGGGAGCAUUGUCUGAGGUGUUUGGCAUCCUCAUUUCAAUACUCAACACAGCUUUCUAGCAGCAAAGAACUACUGAGAUCUUAAAAAAACACUCCCUGAUGUCUUCAACUAAUGUGAAAUUCAUUAGGGGGAAAGUAGGAGAGAACAACACAGAUGAUGAAUGUAAUUCGAUGCAAAAUGGUAAAUGUAAAGUUAAGAACGAAGGGCCAUGGAAAACAGCAGUAGGGGUCAUGGCGGUCAUUCUUGUUGUUGUUGUUGCUGUUUGUGUUGGUCUUGGUGUUCAUUGUUGCAAAAGAAGGGUUCAGCAGGAUCGACUCAAACUAAACUUCACAGAGCUUUUCAUCAACAGAUGUGAGAUUUACGGGGGGAAAAACAAAAGGACAGACUGGCAACAUGUAUUCAAAAUAUUUGAACAAGCCUACGUGGGGAAGUCCAGCGGUCAUGUACCUAUGGAAGCCUAUUACCCCUUAAUGGAUCUGGUCCCUUUUGAACAUCCAUGUAACACAACAAUGCUCUGGAGUAAAACCCAAGAUCUGGUCUACAAGUACACUGAGAAUAAAAAAUCUUGUUUCAUCCUGAAAGACACUCUGCUGGUAUCUGUUCUGGAAAACCAAGAAUGGUGUGGAAAAGAAGGCAGCAACAAAACAAUCACUGAAAACUGCCCAAUAAGUGAAAAUUGGAAGAACAACUCUGUUAAUUCAUUCUGGAGGACAGCCUCAGCUGCAGUAAGCUCCCAACAACACAUUACAAACUUUUACAAACACAGCAGGUCUAGAAGACCAUACUCUAUGUUAUAUUAUUAACAGAGACCCAAAUCAAGACAGGGUAAGACUCAAGUCUCUGAGCAUUGCACCCCGCAGUAUUCAGCUAGUUACAGCGGUGAGGAAAAACUUGCAGGUUUGAUUCCCAGCCACGACUAUUUCCUGCAUGCAGAGCCGGCUCUACCCAAUGUGGUUACCUAGGCGAGAUUUUAAAUGGCGCCCCCCCUCCAUCGGCGAUUAACAUGCACUUACAAAAGAAAUCGAAUAGCAUUGCUUUUAUCAAUGUCUUUAAUUUGUAAGGUAACAUGUCACCAAAUUUACAUACUUAAAUACAAAAAAAUAUGAAAUAAAAUAUAAAUACCCUAACUACACAAUAAAAACUUGUA